AUGCGGCUUUUCCUGAUCGGCCUGCUGGCAAUCGGCUCGGCGAGGGCCUUCUCCGUGAUCCGGACGCAGCCGAAUCCCCAGCUGGUGGCCUUCUCCCCGGCCAGAGGCGAGUUCCCCGUGGUGAGUGGCCCGGCCCAGGGCUACGUUCGCUACUACGACGGCACGGGAGCAGAGCGCCUGCUGCCCUACACCUUCCCGGAACCGCUGAACGGCAUCCGGGACCUGGCCACCUCUAGUCUAAUCCGCUCCGGCCUGGAGCAGGAGAACCAGCAGACCGCCCUCUUCCGCGCCUGGUGCGAGCAGCGCUACCAGGCCAUGCGCCUGGAGCUGGAGCGCCUGAAGGCCCAGGGCCUCAAGCCCUCGGCCAGCAUGCUGGCCCAGUUCGAGCCCCUCGAGAAGAUCGUCAAGUUCUCCGCCUUCGAAGCUGUCCCCGGACUUUCUCCGGAGGUCCAGAGGGCCCGCGACGAGCAGCUCCGCAUCUGGAACGAGGCCAGGCUGGAGGUGCUCCGCGCCGAGCAGAAGCAGCAGCUGCUUGGCCAGUUCUUAGAGUAUCAGUUUAAGAAGGAGAAGAUCCCUGUGAUUUACGGCCAGCAGCAGGAGCAGCAGCUGCUGAUCAAGACCUCGACGCCCCAGUUCGAUAACCUUCUCCUUAAAACCUCACAGCAGAUUGCUCCUCAACCAGUUGAGGAGACUCCCGAGGUGAAGCUGGCCCGCCAGGAGCACCUCAAGCAGUUCAACGAGGCUCUGCUCCGCCAGCCUGCCCAGGAAACUGCCCAGGUAAUCCUCAAGACCACUCCCGGAAUUCAACAGCCAAUUGCCAACCAGCCUCAGCCGAUUGUCAAGGCCACCACGACCGCUUUUGGUAACCUGCCGAUCCAGCAGCCAGAAGGCAUCUUCACCAAAGGAAGCUUCCAGACUCAGCAGAAUACCCAAACCAUUGAGGAAACCCCAGAGGUUAAGAGAGCGCGCGAGGAGCACCUCAAGCUGUUCAACGAGGCCCUGCUCCGUCAGCCCGCCAAGCCCGAGGAACCCAUUCUGAAGACCACUCCCAUCCAGCCCACCAAAGCGCAGGCCAUCAUCUUCCCGGAACCGAAGGCUCCCCAGCCCAUUGAAGAAACCCCGGAGGUGAAGCGCGCUCGGGAGGAGCACCUCAAGCAGUUCAAUGAGGCCAUCCUGCGACAGCCCAUCGAAGUCCAACAGCAGCCACUGAUUCCCACCGCACCCAUUGCUCCAUUCGCUCCCCAGGCGAUUUUGAAGAGCCCGAUUGCCGAGUUCCAGGGUCCCCAGCCCAUCCAGGACACACCCGAAGUGAAGUUGGCACGCGAACAACACCUGCUGCUCCUCAGCCAGGCCAAGUUGCAGGCGGAGGACAAGGUGGCCGACAUCGCGGACAUGAUUCGCCUGGAGGAGCGCGAGCGGGAGAAGGAGCGACUGCAGGACUUGGAGCUGCGCAGGCAGGAGGAGAAGGAGGCCGAGAUCGAGCGCCAGCGGGAGGCAGACCGCCUGCGCGAGGAGACCCGCCUCCUGGAGGCGGAGCGCCUCAAGAUCGAGCAGGAGGACCGCCUGCGCCUGGAGAGCGAGAGGCUGGAGCAGCUCCAGCUGAGGACCUCCGCCUUCGAGAAGGACACCCCCGAGUACCUGCGCAAGGCCGACCAGUUCAAGAUCAUCGCCAACCAGGUGCAGCCGCAGCAGCAGCAGCAGCAGCCCAGCAUUGUGACCCAGCAGCAGCAGGUGCAGAAUGGAUUCUUCCUGCGCAUCCAGACCAACCAGCCGUCGGGUGAACCUGCAUCCACUCCUGGCCAGGUGCUCCCCGAGCAGGGCGGCAAUCCCUUCCUGGUGCGCUACACCACCAGGCCUGCGGAACUCCCGGCCAUUCCCCUGCAGACCAUUCUGCCUGCCCCGCUGCCCCUGCCUCUAUCCACCCCCAUUCCCGCCGAUCUGAAGCAGAAGACCGAGUACGCAUCCUCCGGCGAACUGGAGAAGGCCACUCGGGAGCACUUCCGGGCCCACGAGAUCGCCCUGGAGCAGCUGCGCCUGGCCAACCUGAAGAACCCCUGGACCCCCGAGUGCCAGCACUAG